AUGGGAAAAAUACAUGAAGUUGUUUUAAAUCUCAGGAGGAACACCCCUACAGAACAUUGGGGUUUUAGUUUGGUUGGAGGAUCUGAUGUUAAAACACCGCUGAUCGUUACAAAAGUGGGAUUCGGAUCUUCAGUAGAGGGUGUACUUCACAGAGGUGACAUCAUUACCAAAGUAGGCAACUAUGAUUCGAGAGAUAUUCGUCAUCAAGAUGCUCAAAAUUUAUUCAAAAAUGCUGGCAAUAAUAUUCAAGUGGUAGUACAGAGGGAACACGUUCCUCAUAGUACCAGUUCAUCCAGGACGAGCUCUCACAAUUACAGCCCACUUUCAGUCUCCCCACAUCAAUCUCCAAAAGGUUACACCCUAUCAUCGGGAUAUAGUCCUGCUGGAUCCGCUCUAAUGCCAUACUACUCCACAGCUCUUACCCCUAUCGACAAUAAUUAUUUUGAAGUUUAUGAGUACGACCCAAAACGCAGAGACGAAGAUCACAAGGAUCUUCACGUUACACAGCAGCCGUAUCGUACAACCCCCCUGGUACUUCCCAGUGCUAAAGUCAAACGUAACCAAGGACACACUGAAAGUUACCUUCGCCAUCAUCCUAACCCUUCAAUGAGAGUUGCUCCUCAAAAUAUGGAUCUAGAUUAUGACAUUCGGCAAAAGCUUGUACGUACACACUUCAAUUCUCCUCCCAAUCUGUACAGUGAAUCAAAUGUGGUCGAUAGUAUUCAGAAGCGAACGGGAAAUAAACUGCAAACGCGUAGACAAGUAAAGUUUAAUCCUGCUGAAAGCGAAACAUACAAAGCUCUACAAGAAGAAGAAUUGUGUGAUAAUAUCCAAGAAGUGACUAUUCCACCACAAAGUAAGGUGUAUGCUCCAAACAAAACAAUCCCCAGCAAGAAAAUGGCCUACGUGGUAAACCAAAAUCCUCAACAUGGUAACCCACUCGGUACUGAUCCAGAAGUGAUUCAACAAAGCGGUUCUUUCAAAAGAUUGAUGUGGAGUGUCCUUCCUGGUACCCAAUUUUAA